GUGCUGCCUUCGCCAAACAGGCUGAAACUGGGUCAAAGAAUAGAAUUGGAUUGAACAUCGAAGCGUUUCAGCCUCCAUAACUCUUAUGACAUGAGAGUCUGGAUUGUUGGCACCUUGAGCAAGUUGCCCUGUAAACGAAUGGCUUCAAUAAGAUAUAUGAUUGGUCAAAAGUCAUUUGUUUUAGCCCAUCAUGCACCGCCUACGUAGCCCACACAAGAUCCAAAAUGUCGGGAGGAGUCGCUGCCGCUGGAGCGGUUGCAGGAUGGUCGGUCUUAGCUCACUGGUCGUCGACCAGUGGUCGAGUUGAGCGGAGAAGUGGAGGAAACCAACACAAGACCAGCAGACAGCACUAGCAACACUCUGCAACACAACACUCUGAAGUGGGGGGUCAUGGGGCAGCAGGUCUCGCUUCCGGCCGCGGUGACGCAGCCGCCGGGCGAGCGCGCGAAGCUGCGUCCACUGCAAGCACCUUAUGUGCCACUCUGUGACGUCCUCAAGGCCGGCGACACCGUUGCGGAAGACGCGAAAGACGCUAUGGACAAGAUCCUCGAGUUCGGCGCCGCCCUGCGCUAUCUCCCAAAAGAGAGCGAAGUAUCCGGACGCCUGCAGACACGCAGUCCAGAACAGCAGAUGAAGGAGCUUAUGAACCCCGUGGACUCGGUAGACGAGUUAUUCCAGCACAUUUCCCAGCUGGCAGGACUGCCGACGCAUGACGGGCGGGGCCCAGCACGGCCUGACGCCAAACGGGACGCAUGUGAUACAAUGCCUGGAGUGUUCGACGCCCGAGUGGCCAGCUACGUGAAAAACUUGCAGGUCCUGUACCAGAUGACUAAGAAAGAAAAACACCGGCAUGAACAGCGACUGCUGGCUGCGAGAGCGCACGCCAUGUCGCUGAGCAAAGUGGCGCCUCCGCCACUACCAAUACCGACGCAGAACUGCCUGACAAUGGGCUGGGACCUAGUGGUCAUGCUGCUCAAGGCUACACACAAGAACAACCCAGAACAAUACGAACAAGCACUACAGAUGGUGAAGGAUAACCUCAAGCCGUUGAAACCGACAGCCUAUUCGGACAGCAUGUACCUCGCACCGUCGGCGUCGUCAGCAUUCACUCUUUUAAGCGACUGUCUAGGCGACCUCGCCUAUCCUGCAGCCGGUGGAUCGACAGUAGAAGACGCUCACAUUGGAGCACGUACGAUCGAGACUCUGGCGGAGGUUGGACUUGCCCGGGGCUCACUUGCGACUAUGCUCUUCGUGAUAUUGUGGCUUAUGAAGCAGCAACCUACGAGCUCAGUGAAUUUAGAAACGUCAAUUAGUAAACUGGCCGCGCUUAAAGAGCAGCCCAUGUACGGGAAAUGUGAGGCUUCGGGGGAGCUCUAUAGUUGUGGGCAGAACUCGUAUGGAGAAUUAGGAACAGGAGAUGAUAUCGAGCGGCAUCAGCUUACCAGUGUAUCCCUUUGCGGAUGGGACGACAUUCGCCAAGUGGUUAGUGGCAACGAGACACUGGCUGUUCUUACGAACGGUGGAGUUGUGCUCACCUGUGGGCUCAACAAAAGCGGGCAGUGUGGUCAAGGACACUUUGAUGAGCGCGUAAUGAUGCUGCGACCAGUGCAGGCUCUGCGUUCCCAGCGAGUGAAGUUUAUUGCUGCGAGCAACGGAUGUGAACACAUGAUCGCGCUGACAGACUCAGGGCUAGCGUAUUCGUGGGGCUACAACGAUCGAGGACAAUUGGGCCAUGAAAACCUGACGACCAAGAUCCACGUCCCAAAGCUCAUUGAGUCGCUAAAAGACAAGAAACUGAGAUAUGCCUCUGUGAGCUAUCACCACAGUGCCGUGAUCACGGACUCGGGUGAACUUUAUACCUUUGGCAUGAACGAUUGUGGUCAGCUUGGACUCGACCACACACAGCACCAGACGACUCCGCAGCUUGUUAAGAGCCUUGAGGGGACGGAGGUAUCCAUGGUAGCGUGCGGAUUGUACCACACAAUCAUUUGCACAGCCGCAGGGGGGCUGUACACCUGCGGCAAGAACGACUACGGACAGUUGGGUUUAGGCCACAAUCGUCAGAUUAAGAUGGCUACCCUUGUGUCUGUUCCAAACGAAAUGGUUUGCUUUCUUGCAUGCGGGUACUACCACUCGAUGAUUGUUACCACUAGCGGCCGAACGUUUUCAUUUGGGCGUAACGACUACGGGCAGCUAGGAAUCGGAAACAAGGUCCAUCAGAAUGUGCUGAAUGUCGUGGCAUUGUCUGCCAACACAAGGAUGGUUCGAGCAACGUGUGGAUGUUACCACACUGUUCUCCUUUCUGAACAAGGGCAAGUAUUCGUCUUCGGGCGAAACAACAAAGGGCAGCUUGGAAAUCGCGGUAGUGCUGAUGCUUUACUUCCAGUUCCUCUGAAAGUACGCCCCGAAAAGAAUGCUCGUCGAUGUGUGGACGUCGCUGCUGGUUUCUAUACGACAUCGUUGAUUGUGGAGAGGAAACGAGAAAAUGAUGAAGGUGACUCCAUUAUGCUGGACCAAUCUUGUGUCAUUUCAGUGUGCGGUCGUGUUGAUAUCGACCGUUCAGGAGAGAUCGAAGGUCUGAGUAACUUUGGCUCUAUUUCCACGAUAGGCGUGUCACUGUUCCAAGGGAAAUGGUUUUACGAGGUAGAAGUGGUCACGAGUGGUUUGAUCCAAGUUGGAUGGAUCGAUGGCUACUUUCAGGGAAGCUCUGACCAGGGAGAAGGAGUCGGUGACCACGCUCACUCAUGGUCUUAUGAUGGUAAUCGCCAGCGACGUUGGAACAGUGGAUCGUCCUCAUACGGAGAGAAGUGGAGAGCUGGUGAUAUCAUUGGAUGUUUGCUCGACUUAACCACGCAGGAGAUGACAUUUUUCCGGAAUGGGGUGAACCUGGGUGUGGCGUACUCCGAAUUUAAGUGCUCUGUGGAUGACAAACGAUCAGGUAUGAUGCCUGGUAUCAGCCUUGAGCGAGGCGAAAUUAUCCGAGUUAACCUGGGACACCAACCGUUUGCUUAUCCUGCCGUUGGCCACGACUUUGAGAGCGUUUCGCGUGCAGUACGCAUGCCUUCAUCAAGUGCAGUGAUUCAGCUCCCUGAAGAUCAAUUAUCCGGACAUAAAAUGCUCCAACCUCCACCUCUUGAAGGAUCCGCUUCCGUCUUGGUCGGCAAUCAGUUAUUUAUUGUCGGCGGGAUGAUCGUCACCGAGUCUUCGUUACCCCAGCCAACUGAGCCAACGAAUCAAGUGUGGAUGUAUGACACUGCAGCAAAGAGCUGGGAAAGAUGGACCGAUUUCCCUAUUGGAAUCUGCCACCAUCAAGUUGUGGCAAUUGACAACAAUCAAAUUCUUAUUCUUGGUGGUGAGAAGGAUUGUGCGGCGUCGCGGCACAUGGAUUUGUACAAGUGCUCUACUUUGAAAAAUGCAGACGGCUCGCUACCGUCGUGGACGCUGAUUCAAGCUGCAAUUGGCGCAGCGACGGCUAUGCCCCAAGCGCGUGCAUUCCAUACAGCCUCAACAAUCCAUGUUCGUCUUGACACCAUCGUUUUCAUGUAUGGUGGCAAGUCGGUUGACAACGAGAUUCUUGGAGACGUAUGGUACUUAUCACUCGAUGAUUAUGCUUGGUCACGGCUGCCCAGUUCGAUAUCACUCGAUCCUGGUCCACGAAUCGGAUGCUCCUCUGCUGUCAUUGGAGAGUGCGUCUACAUAUUCGGCGGUCAAGACCGUGAUGAUAGGCUUCGAUCCGAUCUCUGGCGAUAUAACACAUUUGAUCGGCUCUGGCACUUGUGCUACGAUGAUAGCAUUGGAGCUUUAGAACACGCUGCUGGAAGCUUAACAAGAAGCAAUUCUCAGCCGAUUGUCCCGGAGGGAAGAAUGAGCUACAGUAUGUGCUCAGACCUUGGCAACAUUUGGGUAUUUGGAGGCGUCAACCAAACAAAUUCCUUCCUGCGUGAUUUGUGGUGUUUCCCCGUGAAUUCGCAAAAGUGGAACCAAGUUGAGGUGAAUGCAGGAGACCUGGACGGAUUUUGCUCGGCAGAUAUGUUUCUCCAGCAGGGUGCUGUAACUGCUUUGCCUAGUAUGACUCAUUUCGAGUCAUCUACCCCUCAUGAUGGAGAGAUGUUCCUUUUUGGAGGACGUGAAAGUGUUAAAGGAGAAGUGUCUAGUUACAGCAAAGUCCGAAAAGUGUGCUCCGGCAACACGUCAGGUUCGUAUAAUCUUGAUAUGACGAAAAACAUGUCGACAACUGGGAAGGCAGGGAAUGUACUCAAUGCACUUCGCGCGAGAUGUGGAGCGGCCAACAGAACAACACAGCAAUGUGCAGCGGAGGCUCUAGACUCUGCUGUAUGCUUGCUAUCCCAUCUUGAUCGUUUAGCUGGAAACGAUAUCCCAGCAGAAGAAGCUGAUUCCGUUCAACUGUCACGGUGUCUAUAUCGAUCGCUCUGUAUAGACCCGAAAGAAACAACUUUUUCUGCGUUGUUUGCACUGCUGGAAGACGUAACUACUCGCUUCUUUGGCAUUGAUGUACUCGAUGAACAAUCCAACUCGGCAUCACAGGUAACUCACAUCUUGUAUCCGUUGCUCGUCACGAUACGACUGCUCAAGCUAAACUUCUUCGAGGUGCGAACACGAGUGCUUUUUUGCAUGGCAUAUACCGGCCUUUUUUUUUUUUUUUUAAUAUCUUGCCAUUUUAUGCUUUGACUAUUAUUUAGUUUGCGCGCAGUUGUUUGGAUGGAUCCGAAAUAGGUUUACCAGCAGCAGCAAAUCAAGCUGGGGGAGUUCUUUGUUCGAUUCGAGAGAUGCUCUUCACGAUUGCGGACUACGUACCAAAGACAACGAUGUCGGGGGAAGUGCUAUGGUUUUAUCACGCGGUAAAGCAGGAAACCGCCCUGGCAAUUUAUCACGGAUUCCCCACGCUGUUCCCAUCCCUGUUGGAUCGAUUGCAAAUCAUGAACCGCCUGAUGGUAAACAAACCUAACUUUGAAGCGGAGUUGACCCCAGCGCAGAAGCUGUUGAUUCCAAAGCUUGUACCGUGCUUCACGUCGGCAAAGAUGCUAUUCCAGCUGAUAAGCGACCCUAACGUGCUCUUCAAGGUGGAUGGUUUAUCCGACGACGUUGUUUCUGAAAGUGUGAUCACUUUCAUGGGUACUUUAUUGGAUUCACUUUGGGUGCAGACGAAGGAUGCGAUGGAGCGCUGUGCUGAAGAUACGACUAAGCUCAUGAAGAGCUUCGAUGCUAUUGAAACUAGCCACGAAUUUAACUGUCUCAACAUCAUGCUACGCGCAGCAAUAUUCUGGUGUUCGUGCUCUACCAGUCGGGGAUGGGUGAUUAUUGAAUCGGUAUGCACUAAGGUGGUGGACUUUGUCUCGGAGUGUCUAAACCAAUGCAGUACGAUGAAACACGACCAGAACCAACUUCUUCCCGUUGUCAUUCAGCGCAGUUUUUCGGGAAAACUGCUGCCAUUUAUGCUGCUGAGCGUGUUUUCGCUACCUUCCGUUCGCGACGCACUCCCUGGUUUACUGGACCCAUUUUGGCCUCGGUUAGAAGCUCUCUCGGUAAAACUUCACAUAGCGCUUGCGACACUGAGUAAACAAGGUCAUUUGCAGCCGACUACUGUAGCUGUGGAUACACGAACUGCUUUAGGUAGCAAUGCUGAAACUGACUUCGUAGAUACGGCGCUUGCUUCCAUGUCAAAAGAACUCUCGACAUGUCUGUUGAACCAGAGUACCGGGUCUUCCGUCACGUAUGGUCAAAUCUUUAAAAACUUGUGGGACAAGAUUGUCCACGCAAAAGGUUACACGUCUCGGAAAGUAAAGGAACUACCACAGGACGUGGAAAUACGGCGGGUAACAAUUCCUUUGGACCUUGCAAAGCUGUUUGGAACUGAAACAUUGCUCGUGAAAGUCCAAACGGCUGGAAGUGGACCUGUAUUGGAAUAUGAGCCUCGGAAAGUCUCCUUCCUGCCCAGUCGGACUAUUCUCUCGCAACAUUUGUAUCCUGUUAGUGAAAAUGCACUACCUGCUCCAGGAGAUGAAGCAACUGUAGGACUACCCCUUGCCCCACAGUCGCUUAUAGAGUCUUCUCUUCCGAGUGCUCAGUAUUCGGACAAGGCCAUUGAAGACAGUCACGAGUGGCUUAAGGACCUCCAAAAAGUGAUAGUCUGGGUGGGGAGUCACUACGCUGCUACGUUGAUACUCGGUGGUGAGUUGGAUGGUGGCGUUGUCAGCGAGAAGUGGUUGCAAGCUUCUCUAUUCCGAGGUGGAUUGGAUGAAACAUGGCCUGCUACGGAUACGACAAGGAGUGAGGUGGGUAGGAACGAAACCCUCCUUCUACAGGUGAUUGAAAACGUCGGCAAUGGUAAAAAGCUCUUGGACAAAGUGCGUAAUGCGUUGGAUCCUGGAUCGGCUCCAGGCGGUGGAAAUCCUCAGUUCCGAAUAGCGAGGCUAAAGAGACAAGAUAGUGUGGAGGCGCAACUAGAAAAGAGUGGCAGUAUUGAGGCAGUGGACCGUGCUGUCCGUGCAACUUUUGCUGCUCUCUUGAAACAUACAAAUAUCUCUUACACGACGGAACCCAUUUCAAACCAAGGGACACUAGCUGAAACGGUGGUUGAUGCUUGGAAGGCAGCGCUACAACUGCGUCGCUGGAUCGUGAGAGAACAGCAGAAACUGGCUGCAGCUGUUAGUGAGGCAGGGGCUCCUAGCGGCAUUUCUCCUGACAUGGGGGUAAAGGAACGACAACAGGCACUAUAUAACGCCGUAUGCGAGCCAAUCAUCCGCAGAGCUCUUCUUCUACUACAGUUAUCACCUGUGCCAAUCCAAUUUACCCCACCAGCAUCUUCGCCAAUGAGGCUUCUGCCCGGUAUUUCUAUGGCAACAACUUACGAUUUCGCGAAAUCUUCUCAGACCGAGCCAGCUGCAACUCCAGACAAAGAACCCGAGCAAAAGCGCUUCACUCGCCAGCUAAAUAAACUGAUGGAAACGAAGUCGGUUGAAGUCAUGGAGGAAGAGGAUGAGCAGAUCCACGCCGAUAUUUUCUCGUUCAUUCAGCAGUCAAGCACUAACCUGGUAGUUCCCACUCGAGAUUCUGAAGUCCCGUCUCGACAUCCAGAAGAUCAGAUGCGAGAAAUCUUGCUUGCACACCAGAAGCGCGCAAAAAUGCGUUUACAAGGUCUCAAAACGUUCGUUCGUUUGCUUCAGUGCACCGAAAAUAUCCCCAGCUCGCGGCUCCACGUUAUUCCGAUGUUGUCUUCGGCCUUUAAGCGUGUACGCACGACUCAUGGGAAGAUGUCAGGACAAAUUUCAACCAUCAAAGUGCACUAUCUCGUUGAUCUGGAGUUUGCUGGACAACAACUUUCUCAUACCAUUGGACAAGAAUUUUUCCACUUGUUGACUAUUCUUCUUGAGUCAUCAAUGGAUCAUCUUCGUCAAGUUCAGCAGCUCAUCGAUGCUGGAAGUGGUGAGAUAAGCGACACGAAGACAGCGGGAGCCUCCAUUCAUCUUGCAGUAAACGAUAUGUUACUUGUGUUGGAGACUUGCUGCUUUCCCUACAAAGGACAAGAUUGGGAUCACCUACAGCGAACUAAUUUGGUCUCGUUGUUAACAGAUUUGACAAGUUGGAAGGGAUGGCAGACUUUUAUUCAGUAUGAUGCAUCCGACAACUCAACAACUGAUGUUGAUAGCACCGAGAAGUAUACCAUACUUUCUGCGGCGACGGGAUCCAAGUAUCCAAACAUUAUCUGCUCGCGUUAUAUCACACUCGGAUCUGAUCUCCGUAAGCUGACGAUUGCCCACAAGAGCCUGGAUAGAAGUGAUCUGGGUACAGGAAGCUCGAGUGUAUCCCAGGACAAUGGCGGUCUUGCAGUGUUCGACAAAAAUUUCUACAGAGGCCGUUGGUAUUGGGAGGUAUCAAUUCGUGAUCUUGGUGAUACCCCUGUAUUUGUUGGCGUCACCCCUGGUACAACAGAUCUUAACGCGUACAUUCCAGGUGAUGCAAGUCUCUGUGGCGUACUGCUGUACCGCGAAGGAUAUAGUGGGGGCAUGCUUGGAUCGGCUGGUAUCCGCUGGAAUCGCAAUGACGUGCUUGGAGUUCUGUUGAAUAGUGAAGAGCGACAAUUGGAGUUCUACAAUGGAGCAAAUAGGUGCUAUGUGGCCACGUUAACGCCAAGUGAUUUAGCCGGAUGUGGUUACUUCCCGGCGAUUGGUGUGAGUGGUGCAGAUGUGCAUUGGAAUCUCAUGGCUACCGUCCCGCCAAAACUAUGGUGUGCUAGUUCGAAUUUCCAAUUCUCCAAUUCGAUCGUCACUAGAGGGCUUGUUGCAACUCCAUUUGACGGAGCGACUAUAAGUUGGAAUGGAAAACACAAGGGAGGUCGUCUACAACUCAUGCCGAACGGAACAACUGUAUGUGCAGGAGACUGCAGCUCGUCCGACGAUCAGUUCGAGACUAUUGUUGCAAGCCAGGGCUUCGAAAAUGAAAGCAUUUUCGCUGAGAUUCGAGUGAUAACAGCAGGGAAAAAUGGACGCGCAGCUCUUAGCUUCUGUAUUGUUGACAACGACUUCUCUGCCUUUGAUUCGCCGCUGAAACAGACGUUAGACGUGAAGUGGAAGAGCGCAGAGGAGGUGUUGGAGUUGGGCAUCCUUGGGGUCUUAUUUGAUUUUGAAAAAGCCACCGCAACAUUGUACUCCGAUCGCUCGGAACCGGAAGUAUGCCAGUUUAACCUUGCAUCGCUAAACAAACCCUUCUAUCCUGCAGUAUCGGCACUCUGCAAUGGAACAGUCUUCGACGUGAACUUCCACUCGCAGCCUCGUCUUGAGUUGCCAUCUCACGUAUUUUACCCGGCUACGAAGCUCCAGAACCAGCUUAUGUCUUCAUCGAACGAGCUACAACUUGGAAAGAGCUUGCAGCUUCAACUGCUUUCAUGUGACGGUGGAGAGUUUAGCAGUUCUCAUGCUGCCUGCAACUGUCUGGUUGAUGACACGACGGUGUACAGCUCCGCAAAGGGAACAAACGUAAACCUGGUGCUGAAACAUGAGAUUGAUACGCCGAUGUGUGUUAGUUACGUCAACAUCCGAGGCCCUGGACAAGGUUACUCGAGUCCCCUACGUUAUGCCGUUGUAUUUGUCACCAGUACUCCUCCUGAGCUUGCAAGCUUUCAGGAAUUUGACAACAUGACCCCGGAACAAUUCGCUGCUUUGCCGUUCCCUCCGAGUAAUGGAUGCUGCCCUCGCGAUGAGAGCUUACCAGUUGCAUUCGUUGUACUGGACGGAAGCUGCGCGCAAAUUUCGAAACAACUCGCGUACCCGGUUGCUGGUCGGUAUAUCAUCGUGAAAGCGAUUUGUCCGUCGGCUGGCACCAAUAUCGAUAUCGGAUACAUUGCAUUCUGUGGCAUAUUCGAUCGCGACAAUGGGCCGGCGUACAGUGAGACUACAGCAGUUUCCUAUAGUUGCGAGGAAUGCAAGAGGAUGCCGCUGUCCGGAAUACAUUACGGACAACAAGAUGAUGACGGCAUCAGGCUGUGUGCUGCGUGCUAUGACGACAACCGAGGUGAUCUAGAUUGUGCUUAUAACGUUUAUACUUGCAGUGAAUCUGAGGAGGACCAGAUAGCUGCAAACACGGUGCUGUGCCCACCGCGACGGUCGUGGAAUGACAAGAUCGCAGCACUAAGUGACGUCUUUAGCAAGUCUACAAUGUCAAAUGCAGCGAGAGACAGAAACACGGCAGCAGGUCAAACUGGAAGAUCAGAAAGCCUCCUUAGUGUGGCUAGCUUCGAAGAGUGCGAAUUAUUUUCGUGCGGGCAAAACAACUACGGAGAACUUUGCUUGGGGCACUGCAACUCAACCAGCAAGUUGGAGCACGUGCCGUUCUUCUCUGCAAAGGGCAUUCGUGACAUUGCCGGAGGAAAUGAAGUGCUAGCUGUAGUGACGACAGACGGUACUGUAUUCACUUGCGGUCUCAACAAAAGCGGCCAAUGUGGCAACGGUACGUUUGAGGAGCGGGUGAUUAUCGCCACCCCGGUUCGCGCAUUGAGUGGAAUCACUAUUAAUAUGGUUGCUGCGGCAAAUGGAUGCGAGCACAUGCUUGCGGUUGCCUCUGAUGGCGCUGUCUUCUCUUGGGGAUACAAUGAUCGUGGUCAACUAGGGCUUGGUUCGACGAUUUCGAAGAGUCAUACGCCUCGAAUGAUCGACAGCUUGAGAGAAAAGUAUCAUAUAACAACAGCAGCGGUGAGCUACCACCACAGUGCAGUAGUGUCAAGUAAUGGUGAGCUACUCACGUUUGGUAUGAACGACUGUGGUCAACUGGGUCUUGAUCACACACAACACCAGCAUACUCCUCAAUUGGUCGAAGCGUUGUCAAGCCAGGUUGUUACAAAAGUCGCGUGUGGAUUGUAUCAUACAAUCGCAGUUACUAGUGGCGGUGAGGUUUACUCUUUCGGUAAAAACGAUUAUGGGCAGUUGGCCCUUGGUCAUGCUCGCAAUAUGAAGGCACCAACGCUUGUGAAGACUUCACUUGGAGAAAGCGAUGAGAAGAUUGUCGCUGUAAGUUGUGGCUACUAUCACACUGUGACGAUCAGUGAGAAAGGUAAGCUCAUUACAUGGGGAAGGAAUGACUAUGGACAGCUCGGCAUCGGAAGCAAAGAACACAAGAAUAGUGCGCAGUUCGUGCCACUGCCGCUGUCAUCAAAGAUCAAGACAGCGUCAUGUGGUUGCUACCACACACUCAUUCUGAUGGCAAAUGGACGGGUAAUGGUAUUUGGACGUAACAACAAGGGCCAACUCGGAGCUGGAUCAAGGACACUCCCAUCUGCAGAUUUGCCUCUACCAGUUCCUUCCAACUCGUUGGCAAACGAUGAAGUGGUUCGUAUAGCGGCUGGGUUUUACAGCUCUUACAUCCUUACAGGUCGAUCAGGCGACAGUCCUGGCCUUGACGGAACACCUGAUGAUGCGAAUCAGGCUAAAGACCUCCCGGAGAAUAGCUGUCUGGCAAACUCAGAUGCACUUUUCGAGUCGCUAAUGAAAGAGAUUGACUCCAAGUACGUCACCGAUGCCGCACCAAAGCGUGCAUCACUCCAACAUAAGCGUGGGUAUCCACAGCGCAAGCUACCACUCGUGAAGCUGCACGCCGCUGGAUGGGCAAUGGCCCGCGCUCUGAUGUAUCGAUCUCUUCAGGAUGCAGAUGACAAGAUCUCGAAUCGUUUGAGUGGACGUGUGAAUCCAGUGCUGGCAAUGUUUAUCAGCUUUCUGCUGGAAAAUCUGAAACUGUUGCAAGGCGAUACUAGCACUGUCGAAGCUUUGACGACGACAGGAACUCACGAAUUGGGUGGAAGCGUCUCGUUAAAGCGAGUAUGCGUUGGCCUACUCCAAUACUUCGGAGGUAAAUUUGCUGUACCUACACCAACGGCUGGACCAGUAGGACUGACAUUGGACAAUCUUCACGGUCAUUUAUACAGGAACCAAAUUCUAAGUGUGCUCCUUGCAUGUGGCUCUGCGAACACUAAGGUUGGCUCCACUAUUGCUGCGAAUCCUGUGGUUACAGCUCACAUUAUCAGCGGAAUGAGUUCUUCUGACUUAGCAUCGGCAACGAUGUGCAUUCGACUAGCAAUGCUGGUGUUCCCACACCACUCCGUGUCUGCGCUCAACACGAUCUACCGAUCUCAACAGUCUGCUCCUGUAUUCUCUGGAGAUAUUCUGUCCAUGCUGAUGACACUGGUGGGGCUUCCAAUGCUCCUUCGCCCGCGACUAUGCUCGCAUGAGCUAGGUUUGGAGUGCUCGAGCACAGCACUGUGCCAGUCAGCUUGCUGUCUGAAGGGAAUAACAGUGACGAAGGACUCAGGAAUUUCGCACAUGCAACAAGUUGUGCUGGAAAAGGCUCACGUUGCCGAUUCGAAAGCGGCUGAAGUUGUGGCGUUGCUGCGGUAUCUCACAUUUUAUCCAACGUGGAAAGUAGCGAUCAACGCCGCCAUUACUCGAGGUUUCGCUAAGUCAAACAAGGUUGGAGAGUUGCUGGAUGCCAUUUGCGCAUAUUACACUAACGUUCAGCAAGCAAACAUUGCGGAUCUUAAAGCAGCAGUGCUAGGUGGUCUUGCCGGAGAGAAGAAUGCUACGGCAUUGAGAAAGCCUGAAUCGACUUCUUUGUCACCCGAAACGGACGAGCCGGUCAACAACACAGUGGAGAGUAACACGCAAUCUGAUGAAUCGGAGUCUACCAGUCGAGACAAACAGUCUUUAAUGCUGUGGCAAAAGGCAAAGGACGCCUUGAAUGGGUUGGCGACGAUUAUAGCUGCAGUAAGUAUCGUCGGUGGGCAUGUAGAAGGCUUCAGGGAAGGCGGAUGCGUGACUAUUGAAGACGAUGGCACCCAGGGUUCGAGUAGACUAGGUGUACUGUCAGGGGUUAUGAGAGAUCCACGCACUGCUGACUUAUUGGCCAAGGUCGUCGUUAGUUCCAGUACUGAAGGUCCGGUUUCACCUUUGAUUGCAGCAGAUGCACGAGCCCAGUCGUUCCCAUUAUCAAAACUUCAAGUAGUGGAGCGCAUCCCAGCACUUGUCGACAUGUUUGGCGAUGUUGACAGCAUUAUUACGACACUAUCGUCGAUAGUUUCCGAGGUUUUAACGGUUGAUAAGGAGUGUGCCACGCACUGUGAUAUCGAUUUGCCGCAAAACAGCUCCGUCCAGGAGGUAUUGCGGAACCGACUCAAGGUGUACAAGCAACAAAUACGGUGGAGAUCAGCAAAGGCGUUAUCAUCCUUACUGAAACAGAUCCCGACUCUCAGUCCAACGCUGAUAAGUAUGGACUCACAACUCAUAUCAAGCCUGGCCACGUUGCUAUCAUCAGAGAAUUCGCUGUCAUGGGUCAGCAAAUCCGAGAUACCAGGACUAGAAACUGCAACUGCACUUCAGAAACGAUGGAUUUGUGUGAAGCAGCGCAAAGUUUUCUUAGAUACAGAGGAUGUUAUCGACACUGCACUGGAUUAUUACGAGGCCAAAAUGCGCAACGAAGUUGUUCAAAAACUGGGAAGUGAAAAUGCUCUAAGCUGGGGAAUGGAUGCCAUCCAGUCGCCUCGACGAAAGGUGACUCAUCCUUCGUUUGCUGGCUCUGGUUUCGGUGAAAAUGGGCGGGCUAAACAGCGAUCUACUGAUGGAGACCUGCCGUUUGGCACCUGGGGUGUUUUACUCCCCCUCCCACCGCUGAAUGAGAACGAGCAUACGGUUGGUCCGGGAAGUUCAGCGAUCGACUACACUCCAUUCCCUCUCACUGCGCCUAUCAUCAGGGUUGGUCGCGCUGCUGAUGCUUGUGAUCUUAUUGUUAACGACCGAAGUGUCAGUGGGCGGCAUUUCCAUUUACGUCGCUUGCGACGUGAAGCUGAAGGAGGUGAAACGCAGUUUGAGCUUCAGGACUUCAGCAAGAACGGUACUGUCGUGAAUGGUGUGAGGAUCCACGGAUCUACUACUCGAAUCACGUCGGGAUCUCGGAUUUCCUUGAUCUUAUCACGUGGUGGAUUGGUGACUUAUGAGUUCCAGGUUCGGACUUCGGGUGGAAACACUGGAAGUCGUAACGCACCGCCUCAUAUUGUCACUGCGCCACAGAACUCAGGCGACUUGAACAUCUCAAUUCCUGGUCAGGAAUACCAGCAACCACAGGCUGGUACGUCCCAGAUCGUACCGAGGAGCCCAGCAGAAUUGCAAAAUCGUGGGAUUCGCGGAAGUUCUAUUCCCACGGAGGUUCCCGCUGAUAACCGAAGCCGUCAAGCAGUAACACAAGGCUUACGUGUCAUCACGUCUGUAGCAGAAAGCGACGUUCCUCGAGCGCUGCUCUCACCGAAUCCUGCUGUGGAUUCCCCUCGAGCUGGUGGGUAUUCCUCUCCUCGGUCCUCGGUUCUUCAGGCCCCAGGUACCCCUUCUGUGGGGCCCCUUACUCCAAGCAUGUUUUCCAGUAUGAUACCUCCAGCCAUUCUUUCUCCUGCGUCCUACCAGCAGCGUGAAAGCGUUGCACCAAACGAGAACACAGGCCUCACAUCCCCUCAAGGAGGCGUUGGAUCAAUGCUUCGUAUUGCUCUGGGCCGUGACAGUGUAAAUCGAGAAUCAUCUUCACAGCGGAGUGGUAUUCCGAGCGAACUUGCCAAGACUCGAGUUUUACGCUCAAGCGGUCAGACCGGCUUAGCCGCGCGUUCGAAUGCCACCCCAGCCCAGGAGAUGCAGGUACUUACCCUGCGUUUACUUGCCCGGACUCAAGAAGCAAACCUUGUUGUCAGUGCUACUGAGUGCGAGGAAGCACUUCAGGUGGCAGCGGGCAACAUGGAUGAGGCAUUCGCAACAAUUCAACGAAGUCGCGGAUCUAACCCGCGCAUGUAUCCUUCAAGCGUGCGUCACUUGGCGAUGGUGCUCGGACGAAGUGAACCAGUGUGUUCUGAAGCGCUGCGUCAGACCGAUGGCAGUUUUGGCGAUGCACUGCGCUUACUUAUGUCAACUAGAAAAAUUGAUCUGGAAAAAACGUUGUCUCCCAGAUAUGUUGAUGCCGACGUACUCAACGAUGGGAAUCUUCAAUCUAGCGAACCACUGGAAAAUUUACAGGACCUUGGCGACGAGAAUCCAAGCUACGCUCUGACAGAGUCCAGUGCGUUACGCCCACCAGUACCCCCACGCCUUGCAGCAAGAGGGAAUGGAAGUCCUGUUAAGACGAAGAAGAUGGAACACACGGGGAAUAUGGAUACGUUACAACCAAAAUCGGAUCUGACACUCUGGAGUGAAUGCAACAGCAGCUUUGAUGAAGGAGUUCGGCAGAUGAAUUCUUUUGAAGUCGAAGUGGAGGAGGAAGUACUCUGCGAGCGUCUUGCCGCCAUUCAUGCGCGCAAGAUCCUUCUUCAGAUAGUGAGGCUGUACACUCACGCAUCGCAAACCGAGGAAGCCCCACUUAGCGAACUGACCAAUCCUCUGGUUCUUCGUUCCUUGAUAUCAAUUCUGAGCGUACCUGAGCAGGCUAACGCAAGUUCAUCGUACGAAUUGGAAUAUCAGUUGCACCAGCAGCCAAAGGCUAAAAAGAGUGGAAAGAUCCAGCAGAUACUGUCUCGUAUGGCUCACGACAUGAUGGCGCGCUCCCCUACAGAGACGUUGGCAAAGAAUUUCAGUUCGUCCCAGAACUUAUCAACUCUCCAAAGAUCAAUUGACCAGGUGACCGAGCAACCUACUAAGAUAGGGUGGACUGGCAUCACGAGGCUCAUCGAAUCUCUCGUCGAGAACGAGCAAGUUAGAGGAGAAGACGUUAACGACCAGGAUCCUCUGAACACGUUAGAGAAUAUCACGUUUGAGACGAUUCUACACAUUCUUUCGCGCACGUAUGCAACUCCAAUGACAGCACCGAGUUGGGACAGCUCGCCUCUUCGAACGCGCAAAGCUGAUGGGUGUUUCCCGAAAGGCCCAAUGCGGCUUUCAUGCGGUCUGGAGGUUGUGGUGGUUGACACCUAUGAGCGUCUGUGGAGUAUCCCCCCGCCUGAUCCACUAUUGAAACACCGUCACAAAUGGCGAAAGCGGUUCUCUUCUACUGCGGAGAACGGGUGGAUGAAGUCUGCAGCAGAUUACGCGGUGACAAUUUGGCGGCCGAUACUACCACCAGCGAUGGAAUCUGCUUCAUCAGCUAGUAAGUGGUUUUGUCUUGGUGACGUUGCUAAAUGCAGUAACGGUGCUCCGAAUGCUCCAAUGCUUCUGGUCAGUGACGGUGACAACCAAGGCUUAUUGGUGCCUCCAGUAAGUUUUGAACGAGUGGAUAUCACUGGGAAAGGUCUGCCCAGAAACUCUGAGAGCGAUCCAGAUUUCCAACGCAAGCAGCUUCGCUCGAUUUGGUGGCCUGUUGCACCGUCCGGAUACGUGUCUUUAGGCUGCAUAGCUGGAAGCAAAGAAGAUCCUUUUGAACCUCCAGAUGUAUCUAGCACACGCUGCGUACGCGAAGAUAUCGUGAAACGAGUUGAGGGUUUCCACUGCGUGUGGCGCGCAGAUUCUCCAGCUGCCACUGGAGGUGGAGGAGUGGAGCUUCUCACUACUAUUGAGGUCGAAAAUGAUGAGGAGAAUGCAGGCGGAGAAAGCGAUGCUCAGCGUAACCAUAGCACCAAGAACCAGUCUACUGACGCGUCCAGGCUACAGCUGCUGCUUCCUGUUGCUGACGAUGUAGUCGUUCAGACAUCUCUUUGGGCUGUGGACUCAGACUUCAGCUGUGGUUUACUUCUUCCAGUGGUCACGUUAAACGAUGCAAGCGCAAAUGAGCCCAGCACUGCGUUUGCUCUUAAUCUCUCGGACGAUGACCUGGUGUUGUGUGCUCCUGUAAGUGUGGACAACGUACUCGUAUUCCUUGAGAUUUUGCUGCAGUAUCAGCAGUUACUAUCAAGCAAGCAGGAAGACAAGCAACGGAUGUCGACUCAAUUGCGUUCGGAACUACCUGCUGCAUUAUUCGCUCUGAUUCAACAAGUAUUACGCGAAAAUCAACCGUCCAGUGGGAAAGCUGCAGUGUCGCUUGUGCGCGCUCUUAUUACUGUGAUUCAGCGUGGCGCGCACUGGUAUGACAAGCAAGCGCUUCUUUACUGUCGUUCCAAGAUCAUGGCAUUAAGUCAAGAUCAAGAUGGAGGAUUCACGCUUCAUGCUUUACUACAAGCUUUCGUGGAGUUAAUGCUCGCUGUUGAGGAUCAACAACACACUCAGCGAGUACAAGAACUUGCUGCUUGCUUGGAUCGCGACAGCGGGAACGCGUUGAGUCUACCAUAUCGAUUCCACUUUGCCAAACAACCUUUCGUGGAGAUGUUGGUUAGCCACUCGUCAAAGAUGGCAGUCACACGGCAUUUGUCCGGAGAAGAGCGCAAGUUUCUGCUGGAUUAUCACGCUGAAGAUAGCAGUAAUCGUGACGCACUGGCAGUUGAGGGUCUGGGCGCCCCACCAGGGGAAGUGUAUUCCUGCCGCUUUGAACACACGCCAGCUCUCGUCAUGACUAUGAGAGACGAGGUGAAAGCUGAACUUGUGUACUUCGAAGUCGGUGUGAUGGAGUGGAGUACGAAUUCCAGUAUGGGAGGUUCACUUGCGCUGGGAUUUUCGCCACCGUCAUUCCCGCUGGAAGGAGUGCUAGUGGGUGGUAGUGAAGACGGCUCACGGUCAUAUUCGUUUGCACCGGCGAGUGGUCAAGUGCUGUGUGCUGGUGAUACUGCUGUGGAUCGUUGGCGAUGGAUUGAACCCGUUGGUGCUGUGAGUCCUGGAGAUGUUUUUGGUUGUGGCUUACGACUUGAUACACAGGAGAUUUUCUUCUGUAAGAAUGGGCAGCUGCUAGGAACGGCCUUCUCGAGUAUAUCACGUCCUCAACAGCUACACCCUACGAUAUCUUUCAACGCAGAUUGCAAACUACUCGCCAAUCUUGGAGCUACGACCGCAACACCAGCUAAACAUGCCAACUUCAGCUUCAGAUUUCAUUCACUUGACUGCGACAAUCUUAUGAGCGCGUUUGAGUGGUUCGAACCACUGAGUCAAGUUUACGGUGUGAUGAAGGCGCUAAUGGAUCCAGAGAGACCGGACGACGUGAAUGUUAGCGACGGGCCAACCGAUGAAUCAACUGACGCUGCUGUUGUGGCCCAACUUCCUGAUGAGUUCAUGCUUUCAGCUGACAAUUUCUUGUCAGAUAUCUCGGAAGAUGUCUGUAUCCGAGUGGAGAGUGCACACCCAUACGAUCUUGAGCUACAAGAGUCUCUUGUUAGCAUUCCGUUAGCUACAAGUAUUCGAGUCCGUCUGGAUCCUCAAAGUGAGACCGCCAGUUCCCACUGCUUGCAGAUUUUACAAGGGGGAAGUACAGAAGGUGAAUGUACAACGACUGGAGAAGCGGAGGUUCGAGCAUUUACGGGAGUUUGUGGAAGUCAAGAAGUCACGAUUGAUGGCGACAGUUUUGUGUGGCGAUUCCCGGUGCAGUCAAACUUCCAGUGUCGUGUGGACCGUGUACGCAAAGGACCAUACCUUAAACUUGAAGCACGAGACACACGGCUGUCACUGGUGAGAGAUAAGGGCUGGCAAACAGCUAUCGGUGUUGCUCGAUUCGACGGGGGAAUUCACAUUUGGGAGGUGCGCAUCUCUUUCGUGACUGCUAGCUCAAAUAUUUUCCUUGGAAUCGGUCGUCGAGAUGUUCGCUUGGACUCCUACUUAGGCAAGGAUAACCGAGGCUGGGGCUGGAUCGGAAAUCGUGCACUUUGGCACAAUGGCAGCAAACAACGCGGUACAUAUGGUGACAAGUUUAAGACGGGAGAUAUUGUCCGACUUACUCUGGAUCUACGUCGCGGUACACUCAGUUACGCGCUGAACGGGAAGGAUCUCGGUGUUGCGUUUGGUCCUGGUGGUACUGGUCCUAAGCUUGAGGGCACGUUCUACCCUGCCUUCGCACUGUACAAUCAACGCGACUCGAUUGAUUUGAUCGGUGGACAUCGUGUUGAGGAUGGAGGACUGGAGCCAGGACUCUCUCGAACGGGUAGUGGACUGGCCAGCGGGGACGAUUCCUACUACAGCGAAGAAGAAGAAGAAGAUCUCGGAGGCUUAGUAAGUGAUGAAGGAGAUGGCUCGAUACCGAACUUCCGUAUGGAGUUGGCCAUUGCGCUUAGUCAAAUGGGGUUCCCUAUGGAAUGGUGCCUCUACGCUUUACGUCAUUGUGAAGACGAUGCGGAGCAGGCUGCAGAUUAUAUUCUUGCCAAUAUGCAUGCGAUCGAAUCGCUUGUUCGUGAAGAAAAUGAGACAAUGGCGCGUCGCACAAGACAUCGCCAGUUACUGCAUGAGCAGGCCUUAGCGCUGUCUGAACGUGACGGAUUAGAUACUUCACUACCACCUCCACCACCUAUCGACGAAGAUAUCGACGGAGUUCGACCCCCAGAAGACGUAGCGUCUACAGGUGACGAGUCACCUCCGCAGCAACAACAGUCAACAGGGGACACGAAAUGGGGUAUGGCAUUCACAGCUGUACCCGAAUUCUCAGUUACUGGACGCCGUCUACUGGCAACCAAAUACGGUCCCAAGCUGCAUCGCCUUCAUGCUUCACAGCGAGUAUUUACUCCAGCACGUGAUCGCGCUCUCGUGCAGCUGGUAAACGCGAUCUGCGAGUCACGUGCUGAGGCUUUGCUAAGUUGCGAUCCUCUCCGCAUGACACCAGAGGAAUUCGUCCCAACAGAAGAGCAGAUCCACCGAUUCCAGUCUCUGCGGGGUGUCUCUCUCGAAGCGCUCCAGCGCCGCUUUUUGGUAUUGCGGAACUUCAAUUGUCGGCUACAGACAUCGCUGGCUUUCAUCGAUUUCUCGGCUGCCGACGAACGCUCUCUUCUAGCGAGAGGAGCACGGGAACUUCGUGGAGUGGUCUUCCAACACGUGAAGCUUGCAUGGUGGCUUGGCGUCUUGAAAGAGCAGCAGGCACCAGCUGCAGCUCGUCCAGAAAUUGAGGUCGACCGCCAUCGGGCACAUGAAGCCCUUGAGCUUUCGGAGCGUGGUGAUCCUCUUGCAAGUGAAGUUGGUGAGCGAGAUAGUGUGUUUGCACAGACGUUUGAACAACUACAUGGACUGCAACCGGCGCUGUUACGAGGUGCUGACAGGGCAUUCAAGUGCCAAUUUGUGGGCGAGUUCGGCGACGACUUUGGUGGCUUGUACCGCGAAUGUUUAGCGCAACUAAGUUCCGAACUACAGACUUUCACGCCAUUGCUGCCUGUGCUACGACCAUGCCCCAACGCAUUAAUGAGUACAGGUGAAAAUCGUGAGCUCUUCGUGCCGAACUCGCACUUACGCACACAUCCAAGACGUGUGCAGAUGGCUGAGUUUCUCGGUAAACUUGCGGGCGUGGCUGUGCGAACUAAAACGCCACUUGAUCUGAAUCUCCCGCCGGCUGUAUGGAAGCUGCUAGUGGGGCAACGGGUGACGCGCCACGAUAUUGAAGCCAUUCAUCAAGGAUGUUUCCAGGUUGUGGACACUAUUGCCAGCUUGGAUGCUCAUGGUAUCACUGAGGAAAUGUUUGAUGACCUUGUGGACGCGAACUUCACUGUAUUGUCAAGCACGCGGGAGACUGUGGAGCUAGUGCCGGGUGGAAAACACUUGCAUGUGACGUGGGGAGAUCGAGAGGAAUACGCGAGCGCUGUGGAAACUUAUCGUCUGACUGAGUUCGCGCCGGUGUGUGGUGAUAUCUCACGUGGUGUGGGGACUAUCCUACCGGCACCAACGCUUGGUAUUUUCUCGUGGCAUGAGCUCCGGACUCUGAUUUGCGGUAAACCCACUGUUGAUAUAGUUCUCCUACGCCGACGGACGAUAUAUGGCGACGGCUGCCAAGCAACAGAUCCACACAUCGCAUACUUCUGGGACGUCUUGGCUGAAUUCACGGAUGAACAGAAGUCGUCAUUCCUGCGAUUCGUCUGGGGAAGAUCACGGUUGCCUACGCAUGCUGCGGACUUCACCCAGGACUUCAAGAUCUCAGGGUUACCCAAAGCUACAGGUCGUGCCGACAUGUACCUGCCUAUUGCCCACACUUGCUUUUUUUCAAUCGAUCUUCCUGCUUACUCGUGCAGAGAGGUCAUGCGUGACAAGCUAGUAUAUGCCAUCACUCACUGCCAGUCCAUUGAUGCGGACAACACGACUGUAGCUCAACGAGCUGGCCAGGGAAUCAACUGGACCAAUACUGCAGCCACAGCUACAGCUACCGCAUCUGCCGCUGUUUCCGGUGUCAUCGCUGGAGUGACUUCGGGUACUGGAGAGUGAGCCCGAUUGAUCAUUGAAAUACGUAUGCAUAUUUUUUUUUAUAUUGAAUCCAUUAGCUCCUUACCUUACGAAGCUUCUUUUUCAGCUGA